AUGUCGAAUAACAGUCUUUCUCUUGAAAACAAAGUCGCCAUCGUUACAGGAGGCUCCAGAGGUAUCGGAGCAGGAAUUGUUGAGACACUGGCGAACCGUGGUGCUAAAGUUGCAAUCACAUUUACCUCUGAAAGCAGUAAAGAUGCAACGGAACAAUUGGUGAAAAAGAUUAAGGAUUUAGGCACUUCAGCAGAUGCCAUCACUAUUCAAGCCGACUUGCGUGACAUUGCAAGUGCUAAGCAUAUCGUCGAUACUACUGUCAAAGCGUUUGGUCCCACCAUCCAUAUUCUUGUUAAUAAUGCUGGAUGCGGAGGUGCAGUAAAGUCACUAGGAACUUCAACCAUUGAAGAUUACAAUGAUGUCUUUGACGUAAAUGUUAGAGCCGUCUUCUUCAUGGGAGAAGCUGUGGCACCCCAUCUCCCCAAUAAAGGUGGUAGGAUUAUUAAUAUUGGAAGCAUUUUAGGAAGAAAGGGUUUUGCUCAGUUUCCUUUAUACUGUGCGAGUAAAGCAGCAAUUGAAGGCUUCACAAGAUGUUGGGCCGCUGAAUUGGGCCACCAAGGGCACACGGUGAAUCAAGUCAACCCCGGAUCAGUCGACACGGAUAUGCUAAGAGAAGCGAUAUCGGAUGAAUUUUUGCAAGUGAUGAGAAACGAAACUCCAUUUGAGCAUCGCAUUGGAUUAACUUCCGAUAUUUCUGAAGUUGUUGGGUUUCUGGUUGAAGAUAGAAGUCAAUGGAUAACAGGGCAAACCAUAUCGGUUUCUGGCGGAAUGACGAUGUAUUAA